AUUCCCAAUACUUUAUGCACCUCGGUACUGUACGACGCUCUGAACAAUGUAGCUAUGGCUUCCGAGCAGCAGCUGAAUAAUGAUCAGUUAAUGGAAAAGAUUGCCAAAGUUCGUGAAGUUUUCCCGUCUAUAAGCAAGCACGACGUCAUAUUAGUUCUUCAGUAUUAUGAAUUUGAUGAAAAUUUAGCUAUUAGUGCCUUUACAGAGGAUGGAGCUGCGCAGGCAUUGAAAGAAUGGAGUGUUACUAGUAACAAUAAGUCAAAGACUAAUAGCAAAAAUAAGAAGAAAAAUAAAAAAAAGAAUAAGAAGGAAGCAGUCUCUCGCGAGAACCUGCAGUCCAACGAAGUGCCGGCUGGCAAGGAGAACGUCUCGACGGAUCUGCAGGCCGAGGUCACUACAUCGUUGGAACGGCAGCCGGAGGAAAACCAUAUCGAUGACCAAAGUACGAUUCCGAAAACUAAACGUCGAAUAUCUAUACGGAAUUUGAAGACAAAAGAAUUUGAGUCAAGAGUAGAUGACUGUCCAGAAAAUACGGAAAUUUCCAAUCCAAAAAUUGAAGAGAAUGAAAUUCGAGAGACCAAUGUUACAGAAUGCCAACAGAAAAAUGAAGAAGAGAAAAGAGAAGUGGAGGAAACGAGUCAGUUAACUCAAGCAAAGUAAUUAUAUUUACUUUAUUUGUAAUUUCUUAGAUAACAAAAUAACAUAGAGUAAAAUAAAUUUUAUAAGGGGGUGUUGAAUGAGAAAAAUAACUCAAUGCUGUUACAUCAAAAAAGUUUGAUUUAAUUUUUAUUGAGUUGAAAUUGUUAGGAAUGAUGUAUAUGUGGUGAGGCAGAAAAAAUAGUGAGAUGACAUCAGUUUCGGUUACACAACAACUGAGUGAUUCAAAAUGAACAGAGUUAACUGGGUGGCAGAAACUUAAAAAUUUUUGCAUGCUUGGCAAGCAUACAAUUUGGC